ACCAAGCAGUUGAUUCUAAGCAAUUGACGGAGCCGGACGCUCACUCCGCCUCUGCCCUGGAAUAUUGAUAAAUUUCUUUGCUCUUUUCUCUCUUGUGUAAUUGUGCAAUUGGUGUUCGUGUGACAGUUGCAAGAUUUACCGAAGCAGAAGUACGGAUCGGUGUAGGGAUCUGUGAGUGAAACGUGAUCUAGCCAACGAUUGUGUCUUAAAAGCUGUCGGGUAAGAUGUCGUCGCAUGGGACGCCAGUCUUUGCUCUGAUCUUCCUGAUCGCUCUCGGCUGUGUGACGUCACAGCGCACGUCAUUGGACGUGGCUCUGAGGAAUGUCUACCGGCCGUUGCGUCUGCUUGGCCUUGCCUUCACAGGGAGAUCUGGGGACGAUAUGCAGAACGUGCAGCGCGUGCGAAAUGCAGGGAAAACGCAAAAAUCGAAUCCGCGCACUCGGGCCCUGCUGCAGUUCUGUGAUGCGGAGCACGGGCCUGGAAGACGCAGCGAGGAGCGACCGACGAGCGUGAAUCGCCUGCGACCGGGGGACAUCGAUGUAAUCGGAGCAAUGGGCGACUCGCUGACAGCUGGCAACGGCAUCUUUGCCACCAAUCUGCUGCACGUGACCGUGGAGAAUCGCGGCGUGGUGUGGUCGAUUGGGGGACAGUACGACUGGCGAAAGUAUCUGACCUUGCCCAACAUCCUCAAGGAGUUCAACCCGAACCUGUACGGGUAUGCGAUCAAGGAUGGACUCUCCACCGAUCGGACGUCCCGCUUCGAUGUGGCCGAGCUGGCAGCCAUGUCCAGGGACAUGCCGUAUAUGGCUAAGGUUCUGGUGAAGCGAAUGCAGCGGGAUCCCAACGUGAACAUGACCAGCGACUGGAAGCUGAUCACCCUCUUCAUUGGGAACAACGACUUCUGCACCGACAUCUGCUACUAUCCGGAUCCGGAGAUGACGGUCAAGUGGCACGAGCAGAACAUGCUGAAGACCUAUCGCUACCUCCGGGACAACGUGCCCCGCCUCAUGCUGAAUGUGGUGCCGGCACCGAACCUCCGUUUUCUCACCAGCCUGUCGGGCCUCCCACCCGCCUGCUACAGCACUCUGCGCUUCGAGUGCCCCUGCCUGAUGGGGAAGGGCAAGGGUCGCUUGGACUACCUGGAGGGCAUCAUGAGGCGUUGGAUUGCCAAGGACUCGGAGAUUGCCAACAGAGAGGAGUUCAAUACGGAGACCUUCACAAUCAACGUGCAGCCGUUCUCACAGUUUAAGGACUUCCCGCGCACCCGCUCCGGCAUGACGGACACGCGCUUCUUCUCCGAGGACUGCUUCCAUCUCAGUCAACGGGGCCACGCCGCUGCGGCCAACUCCAUUUGGAACAACAUGCUCGAGCUGCCGGGCGAGAAGAGCGGCUUUGCCACCCAACUCUUUGAGACCUUCCACUGCCCCAGCGAGCAGCGUCCCUUCCUCAUAACCCGGGAGAACAGUCGCCCGGACUUUGUGAUCUGAUCUAGCUCAAUGUGCUUUCCCCUGUGAAUUUCCUGUGAUAUCUCGCCUAAGUCUUCUUUCCAUAUUCUUAUGUUCUAUAUGCUUUACACUUAUAUAAUAUAUUUGUAGUUUAAAUUA